AUGUCUGACAUCAAGCAAGAGUUUGAAAAGCUCUCUAUGGAGUUUAGUAACCAACAGAACAACCUCAAUGAAUUGAUAACUGCAAGAUCACAACUUGAAACCCAGUAUCAAGAGAACAAGAUAGUGUUGGCCGAGUUCGAAAAGUUGAACGAUGAUUCAAAGAUUUACAAGUUGACGGGGCCCAUAUUAUUACCCCAAGACUAUGCAGAAGCCAAAAUGAAUGUUACCAAGAGAAUUGAGUUCAUCGAAGAUGAAAUUAAGAGAGUCGAAACUAAAGUCACCGAUGAAGAAAAGAGAAUAGAAAAAACCAGAGAUGGGAUUUUAGCAGUCAGAGCUAAGAUGGGCAACUAG